AUGGUGAAAGAUUGUUUAGAUUACGCUCAAAGGUGUAAAGCUUGCCAAUUCCAUGCUAACUUCAUACAUCAACCACCUGAAGUAUUAAACCCAACUGUUGCUUCUUGGCUAUUUGAAGCUUGGGGUUGGGAUGUUGUUGGUCCAUUUCCAAAGUCUUCCAAUGGACAUCUAUAUAUUUUGGCCGCAACUGAUUACUUCUCGAAGUGGGUUGAAGCUCAAUGCAAUUCCUCCAUGUAUUAUGAUGCUGCCAAUGGACUUGCUGAAGCAUUUAACAAGACACUCUACAACUUGUUGAAAAAAGUUGUUUCUAAAUCUAAGAGAGAUUGGCAUGAGAGAAUGGAAGAAGCUCUUUGGGCAUAUAGGAACACAUAUCGCACACUAACGCAAGCGACUCCUUAUUCGCUUAUUUAUGGAGUUGAAGCAGUACUUCCACUUGAGCGUCAAAUCUCAUCGUUACGGCUUGCCAAUCAAGAAGGACUCACUGAUGAAGAAAAUGCUCGGUUACGCCUUGAAGAAUUGGAAGCUCUUGAUGAAAAGAAGCUAGAAGCUCAACAAAGCCUUGAAUGUUAUCAAGCUCGCCUGUCUCGAUCUUUUAACAAAAGGGUACGCCUUAGAUCUUUCCAAGUGGGUGACCAAGUUCUUGUGGUCAAAAGGCCUAUUAUUACCUAUCAUCGAUCUGGGGGCAAAUUCUCUGCUAAUUGGGAUGGACCAUAUAUCGUACAAGAGGUAUACUCAAGUGGCGCUUACAAGAUAGUUGACUUGGAAGGUGAUAAGGAAGACAGAAACAGCACCAGCGAGACAUGUCAAUUACUUGGAAAAUUACUGAUAUCAUGGAAUAGUAAGAAACAAGGAUUAGUUGCACUAUCCACAAUGGAGGAUGAAUAUAUCGCAAUUGGACAAUAUUGUGCACAGGAUUUCUUCGUUGCUCUGAAAGACAAGCCCAUUGCUCAUGGCAGAGUAGUCGACCUUGAUGACAUGGAAGCCCUCAAUUUUAAGAAUACUUGGCCUGAUAACUUUGAAAUUUCCUUUGAUCAAGAAAAACAUUGUAUUGCUGAGUGUCCAUUUGAUUUCCUCCCUAACCAGUUAGGUCCCAAUGAUGUUAGCUUUGAAACCCGAGUUAUUGUUGCAACCACUCUUCUUCCUCGCACUGGAUCAUUCUCCACCUUCUCUCAACGAGAUACCUUUCUUGUUUACUGUCUUGUGACCAAACUCAAGAUUAAGUUAUCCUAUUAG